UGCUGCAGAAAGAAUAUGAGUUCCAAAGAUGCUGGUACAGAUUGCCUAGGAUGGGCAGCAAGAGAUGCAUCUGGAGUCUCCCCAUACAAAUUCAGUCGCAGGACUCUUGGGAAUGACGAUGUUUUUAUAAAAAUCACGCAUUGUGGAGUUUGUUAUGCUGAUGUAAUUUGGACUAGGAAUAAACUUGGCGACUCAAAAUAUCCUUUGGUACCUGGACAUGAGAUUGCUGGAAUUGUACAAAAGAUUGGUUCCAGCGUCAAUCGUUUCAAUGUUGGUGAUCAUGUUGGAGUAGGAACUUAUGUGAAUUCAUGCCAGGACUGCCAAUAUUGUAAUGAUGGAUUAGAAGUUCAUUGUAUGAAGGGAUCGGUUUCAACUUUUAAUUGGGUUGAUGUUGAUGGCACAAUCACAAAAGGAGGAUACUCCAGUAACAUAGUAGUCCAUGAAAGGUAUUGCUUCAUGAUACCCAAGAGUUAUCCAUGCUCUGCAGCUCCUUUGCUUUGUGCUGGUAUUACUGUCUAUUCUCCCAUGAUGCGCCACAAGAUGAAUCAACCUGGUAAGUCCCUAGGAGUGAGCCUCGGUGGCCUUGGUCAUAUGGCCGCGAAGUUUGGGAAGGCAUUUGUGAAUGUAACAAUUUUCAGCUCAAGUGCAUCCAAAAAAGAGGAGGCCUAUAGUCUGCUUGGUGCUGACAACUUUGUUGUCUCCUCUGACCAAGAGCAGAUGAGGGUAAGCAACUAAUCUUUGGACUUCAUAAUAGACACGGCCUCUGGUGAUCCCGUUGAUCCUUAUAUGUCACUUUUGAAGACCGCCGGGGUCCUAGUCCUUGUUGGGUUCCCAAGUGAGGUUAAAUUUAGCCCUGCAAGCCUUAAUCUAGGUAUGAGAUCCAUCUCCGGAAGUAUUACAGGUGGUACAAAAGAGACACAGGAGAUGAUUGAUUUCUGUGCUGCAAAUAAAAUUUACCCAAACAUAGAAGUGAUUCCAAUUGAUUACAUAAAUGAAGCUCUUCAGAGGGUAAUAAAUAAGGAUGUGAAGUAUAUCGUGAUAGAUAUUGAGAACUCCUUAAAGUAGAAUUGAGCACUGUCUUUCUCAAAUUAGACAUGGAUGAGCUUCAGUUUUUAAACCUUGCCAUGUGCGUGCGUGCGUGUGUCUUGUGGGUAACAAUGAAUAAUUCAGUAUGCAUAACUAUGCCCUCUGCUGUAGUUUGAACUUAUGUGUGCGCUCCCCAGCAAUGAGAAGAAUAAACUCCGAAAGUCUUUUUGUUAUAGCAAAGAAAAUGUCGUGAUGUUGAACUGGAGGUGAAGUUUGAACUUUGAAUCAUUUGAUUCUAAUUAGCUGACAUAUGCUGUCAAUUCUGUCAA